CUCCCCUCCAUCAUGGACCAUGACCCUGUAUAUCAACCAAGCUGACCAUCUUGGCUGUGGAGAAGCAGCUCGACACCCGUCUUCCUGACGCUCAUCUGCCGCGCUAUACCAGCCAUCUACUCCCGUGCUCUCUCAACACCCUCGACGGAGGCCACCCCGGAGUCGCCCUCCACCCAAUCACAGUCCCUCCGCAAGCCGACUCCGAGCGAACUGCCCCCGAUACUGUCAAGGGCUACUUGUCACUUGACCACAUACUACUCGACACACAAAGAGGACGCUCCCACUCUUGCGUGCAUCUUUGCUAAUUACUUGGUUUCCGCGGGAGCAUCGACACCUGCGUGUAGCACGUCAUAGUUGCAUCUCUCGGCUCUCAUAUCCCACCGAUACGAUGGCGUCCGCUUCUUUCAGAGACUCGAUGAACUCCCUGGGCUGGUCGCGACGGGACGAGGAUGUGCCCGUCAAUACGGCGCAACAGUCCGGCCUCAUGUCUUCGAUCAAGUCCCUCAACCCCUUUGGCAAUAACAGCUAUAUACAGCUCCCGACAACCGAGGGCGCCGGCGCGCCUCUGCCUGCUGCCAACAGGAGGGAAGAGGAGGAGGCCUUCGCAACGCUGAGUCGAUGGGACCGUUUACUCAUUUUUGGUGCUUGUAACCUGGGCGCCCUCGCCUGCUUCGUCAUCUGCUUCGCCUUGUUCCCGGUCGUAGCUGUGCGGCCGCGCAAGUUUGUGAUUCUAUGGACACUUGGCUCCCUCCUGUUCCUGGCGUCCUUCGCGGCCGUCAUGGGCCCGACGGCGUACGUGAAACACCUUGUCUCCGGCCAGCGUUUGCCCUUCACUGCUGCCUACUUUGGAUCGCUCGGGCUUUCCAUGUACUUCUCUCUCGGUCUUCACAGCACCAUUUUGACCUUGAUCUCGGCCAUCAUUCAACUAGCUUGCCUGGUUUGGUACCUGGUCAGCUACUUCCCCAUGGGUUCGAGCGGACUGCGCGUGGCCACCACGUUCGGUGCCAGAAGGGCUGCUGCCUGGAUGACGGGUUGAGCUUGAAGCUCUCGUGUUGUAUACAUGUACCUUGUAAGAUGAAGACGGAAAUGAUUAUGGAUGAUUGUUUCACGGCAGCUAGUCGGCAUUGUUCUUCAUGAUUGUACACAUAGUGGGACAUACAGUGGGCAAAAGGAUGUCGGAAACUGGCAGGUUUCGAAAUGUAGUUCACGUAAAUGUACCAGGCAGCGGGGUCAUUCGGCUGCAGACCUGGCCGCUCAAAAUCGCCACUAAUAAGAGAGGCAUGACUUUGAA